AUAAAACACAUGUAUUUAUUUUUAUUGGUUAUGUAUUUAUUUCAAUUUAUUCAGAUAGAAAAAAGUGAUACCUAAUAUUAAUAAAAAAUAACAAAAUCCUGCUAGGCAUAAUUACUGCUAGUUUGUUAAUCAUUAUACAGAUUUCUAUCUGUAACCUACGUUUUGGUUUUGUGUUGAUAAAUACAUAGGUCUUCCCACACGUGUACUCCGAUAUUCUUAUAAAUUGUUAUUGAUAUAAAAACAUAAUGCCUGAAGACGAUACUAUGGAUACCGAUAACACUAAAUAUAAAGAUGGUGUAAAUAAAAACGCACGUUUGAUUGUGCGAAACAUUUCUUUCAAAGCCACUGAAGAUUCUUUGAGAGAACAUUUUUCUUCUUAUGGAACCGUAGAAGAGGUGAAGUUGCUAAAAAAACCUGAUGGGAAACUUGUAGGGUCUGGUUUUGUUCAUUACACACAGGUCCCAAUGGCAAAUAAAGCUUUAACAGCUACAAAUAAAAAACCUUUCAUGGGUCGACCAAUAUUUGUAUCAUGGGCUGUUCCAAAACAUAAAUAUGUUCAGGAAGAACAUAAAGUAAAGCAUGAUGUCAAGGUAGACAGCGCACCAUCACAAGAUUUUGAAGAAGUAAAAAGAGAGAUUUUAAUGCCAGAAGAAGAAGAGAAACAUAAAAUACAGAGAAUAAAUAGAAAUGCUCGGCUAAUUGUAAGAAAUGUAUCAUUCAAAGCCACAGAGGAAACUCUGAAAGAACAUUUUGAGCCAUAUGGUGAAGUACAAGAAGUGAAAUUGCUUAAAAAACCUGAUGGAAAGUUGGUUGGAUGUGCUUUUGUACAUUUUAAAAAUGUUCCAAUGGCAAAGAAAGCAUUAUUGAAUACUAAUAUGAAACCUUUCCUUGGUAGACCGAUCUCAGUGGACUGGGCGGUGGCUAAAGAUAAAUACAUGCAGCAUGUGGUCAGCCAGCAAAUUGAAAUGGAGGAGAAAAUAAAGAAAGAAGAAUCUGACAGUGAUGUAGAAGAUGACACACCUCUUAAUAUAUCUAAUGAAGAAUUGAAACAGGAAGUUAAGAGUGAAUCAGGUGAUGGUUCAGAUAGUGAUGAUGAAGAUGACAAGUCUGAUGAAUCUGAUGAAGAGGAAGAUGAUGAAAGCAAUGAUGAGGAUAUUGAUGAAGAUGAAGAUAUGGAUGAUGAUAAAAGUGUGACCAGUGCAGUCGCUGAGAGGAAACGUAUACAACUGAAUGAUGCUGAGGAUGGUCUGACAGUGUUUCUCAGCAAUAUACCGUUCAGUGUGGAUGAUGAGCAGCUGCGCCAGUUUGCUGAACAAACGGGACCUGUCAAGUAUGCACUGAUCUGUGUCGACAAGUUGACUGAACAUUCUAAGGGAUCUGGAUUUGUUAAGUUUGUUAAUCAACAUGACGCAGAGAAGUUCCUAUCCCUGUCAGCAGAUCAGCUCCGGUUGGAAGGUCAGGUGAUGCUGGUGAAGCCUGCACUGAAGAGGGAGAACCUGGAGAAGGGCAGCAAGAAGCAGCCCAAAGAUAACAGGAAUCUCUACCUUGUUAAAGAAGGAGUGGUGGUGGCGGGCACGCGCGCGGCUCUCGGCGUCUCCUCCUCCGACAUGGCGAAGAGACUCGCCCUCGAGCGCAGCAAGACGCAGAUGUUGAAGAAUUUGAACAGAUUCGUGUCCCGCUACCGGCUGGUGGUGGCCAACUUGCCGGCGCAGUGGGACGACGCGCGGCUGCGGCGGGAGUGCGCGCGCGCGGCGCCGCACCACGCGGUCAUCGGGGAGGCACGAAUCAUGCGAGACCUCAGGGCUCCCGUCGACCGCACUGGGAAACAUCCAUCUAAAGGCUACGGUUUCGUAAUGUUCACGCGGCACGAGGACGCUCUCGCCUGUCUCAGGAAACUGAACAACAACCCUGAUAUCAUUGACAGGAAUAAUAGACCGAUAGUGUCAUUUUCUAUUGAAGAUAGAACAGCUUUAAAUGCAAGGAAGAAGAGAUUAGAAAAAUCCAUAGCUAAUAAUCCAUUAGCUAAGAAAGAGACACAAACAGAAGACUACGGUAUGAAUAGAAAGAGAAAGCUUAAAAGGGCACCAGACGAGAGUUAUGUGAAAAAGGGUAAUUUCGGAAAGAAAUUCAAAGAUCAAAAUGGCGUCGGGAAAUUCGUGAGGUUGCCAAAAACGGCAGAUGUGGGAGAAUAUACUGGUUUAACUGCUAAAGAAGGGAGUCAGCAUAAAAUGAGAAAUAACCAUAAACUACGAGCCCAACAGGAAAUCCAUAGGCAAACUGUCAAAGAUGAGAAGAAAAAGAAUAAACGAACAUGGCGUCUCAAGAUGGCGGCCCGCGAAAGAAUAAAAUUACCAAAACAAAAAAUCAAUAAAAAUAAAGCACCAAGCAGGAGGAAGAAGAAUAAGAAUGUAUAAGAUUAUAUAAUAAAUGAUGAGAACAUUAUAAAA